AUGGAUAUCAUUGAAGGGGUCAAGCUAGAAGAAACAUGGCCGAAGUUAAGCUGGUUCACAACUAUCCGACUCGCUUUUCAGCUGCGUGGGUUUAUUCAUCAGCUCAGAUCGGUGACGUCUCAGUACGCAGGAUCUCUAGUCAGCGGACAAUGCAAAUCCGCUCCGUCAACCAUCACAUCAUUCCUAAGAUUUUGGAUCAAUUUCGUCUCUAUUCGGAAGGCCAAGGCCAAUGCUUCCUCUCCUCCGUUACCAUCCACAGCCUGGAUUCCACCGACUGCCGAGACAUUGGUUCUCACUCAUCAUGACCUCGCUCCUCGAGAUAUCCUACUCAAUCGCCAUAACCAGAUUCGGUUGAUUGACGGCGAUUUUGCUAGGUUUUAUCCAAAAUACUUCAAGCACGCAUCAAUAUAUGAAUUCAACAUCCCAGAAAGCUGGAACUGGUUCGCAUGGCUAAGAUGGCGGGCGUUCUCGUUUAUCCAAACAAAGUUCACACGGUGGAGAGUGGGGCAGCGAUUCGAGAUUAUGCAAAAUGGAGUAAAAUCCGAGCCAUCUGUAGAUUGA